AUGACUUCGUUUAAACAAGCUCGAGACUUGCUGCUAUUUAGUUUCUACAACAAACAAAUCACGGCCGAACAGCUUCUCGCCCUGCUGGAAGAAAACAUUUCGCAAAAUCCGGAGUUUGACUACCUUCAAUACGAAAGGUUUGAUCUUGCAACGAUACCUGAACCGGAAUGUCGAUCAAACUUCAGAUUUGACAAGGACGAUAUUCCCCUGUUGGCAGAUGCUUUGGGUUUACCCGAUCGAUUCCAGUGCUACCAAAGAACAACGGCAAGAAAACUCGAAGGGUUGUGCAUACUUUUACGUCGGCUGGCUUUCCCCUGUCGGUACGCCGAUAUGAUUGCGAUGUUUGGUAGGCCAGUCGCUGAAUUGAGCAUGAUAACAAACGAGGUUAUAGAUUUUAUCUACGAACAUCACGCACACAGAAUUACUGAAUGGAAUGAACGACUUUUAAGCCCGGAGAAUCUGCAAAUUUACGCCGACAAAAUCCAUACGAAAGGCGCAGCGUUGACGAAUUGUUUCGGGUUUGUCGAUGGUACCGUUAGACCUCUAUGUAGACCAAUAAAUUUAGCACCAGCGUACGGUAUAUAAUGGCCACAAACGGACUCAUGCUAUUAAAUUUCAGUCGGUUACGUUGCCUAAUGGAAUAAUUGCUAAUAUGUUUGGUCGAAUUGGUAUGUAUAUCAUAUAUAACAUAUUAUUUUACAUCCAAGUAUUGCUUGAGUUUAAAAUAUAUCUAUUAAAGGGGCAAUUUAUACAUGGGCACUUUCAAUCCUGGAGUUGAACUCAGCCAUGUUACCCGGGUUGAAAUUUUUUGUGAUUUAGGAGAGAAUCCUACAUGUAACAUUUAUUUUAAUUUUUAAUUAACAGAGGGCAAAAGACAUGAUGCUGGAAUGUUGGCUGACUCGAACCUGUUGAACUGCUUGGAACAGCAUGCUUACUCACCUGAUGGAGAACCGAUGUGUAUUUAUGGAGACCCUGCCUACCCUCUGCGAGUCCACCUACAGGCACCAUUCAGGGAUGUGUUGAUGACCCCAGCCAUGCAAGAGUUCAACAGGUCAAUGAGCACUGUUCGUGUGACUGUGGAAUGGGCAUUUGGUGAGGUCACUAGAUCAUUCAGGUGUCUUGACUUUAAAAGCAAUUUAAAGCUUGGUCUCAGCUGUGUUGGGAAGAUGUAUUUGGUUUCUGCUGUUAUUCAAAAUGCCCUGUCAUGUUUUUAUGGAAACCAAACCUCGAAAUUUUUUGACUUAGACACCCCAUCAAUUGUAGAAUACUUUGCUUGA